UCCAGGGUUGUGUUGAUCACCCUAUUGUUUUGACAGAAGCGGUGUGCAAUCCUCUGUAUUCGAGACAAAUGAUGUCAGAGCUCCUCUUCGAAUGUUACCAAGUGCCAAAAGUGUCUUAUGGUGUAGACAGCUUGUACAGUUUUUACCACAACAGAAAGCAGAACUGGCCCUGCAGUGGUUUGGUGAUAUCUUCAGGUUAUCAGUGUACGCACAUUUUGCCAGUCUUAGAAGGCAGGCUGGAUGCUAAAAACUGCAAACGUAUUAAUCUUGGAGGAUGUCAAGCAGCUGUCUAUCUCCAACGCCUCCUUCAGCUGAAGUACCCAGGACAUUUUGCUGCCAUCACUCUCAGUCGCAUGGAGGAAAUACUGCAUGAGCAUAGCUACAUUGCAGAGGAUUAUAUAGAAGAGCUACAGAAGUGGCGGUCCCCAGAGUACUAUGAGAGCAACAUGCACAAGAUGCAGCUGCCUUUCUCUAAUAAACUGCUGGGAAGCACUCUGACAUCAGAGGAAAAGCAGGAGAGGCGGCAGCAGCAGUUACGUCGACUUCAAGAGCUCAACGCACGUCGCCGAGAAGAGAAGCUGCAACUUGAUCAAGAGAGGUUGGACAGACUACUAUAUGUACAGGAACUUUUAGAAGAUGGUCAAAUGGAUCAAUUCCACAAAGCUUUGGUGGAGCUGAAUAUGGACUCUGCAGAAGAACUUCAGUCUUACAUCAACAAAUUGAGUCUGUCCGUUGAACAAACGAAGCAGAAAAUCCUACAGGCAGAAGUCAAUAUUGAAGUAGAUGUUGUGGACAGCAAGCCAGAGACUCCCGAUUUGGAUCCAUUAGGCAGUGAACAAUCACUGGAGGAUGUGGAAAGUAUUAAUGAGUUUGAACCUUUGUUUGCUGAGGAGCAGCCCGAAGUUGAGAAGCCUGUUGCUGCAGUGCAGCCCGUGUUUAACCUGGCAGAGUACCAUCAGCUUUUCCUUGGCACUGAAAGAAUCAGGGCUCCAGAGAUUGUUUUCCAGCCCUCCCUGAUAGGAGAAGACCAGGCUGGUAUAGCAGAAACCAUGCAAUAUGUCCUUGAGAGAUAUCCAAAGGAGCAGCAAGCUAUUCUUGUCCAGAAUGUUUUUCUCACUGGUGGAAAUACAAUGUACCCUGGACUGAAAGCCAGAGUGCAGAAGGAACUCCUUGAAAUGAGGCCGUUCCAGUCAUCUUUUCAGGUUCACCUUGCUUCCAGUCCUGUUUUAGAUGCCUGGUAUGGGGCUAGGGAUUGGGCAGUGGAAUACAUGACCCGUGAGGAAGGCUGGAUAACCAGAAAAGACUAUGAAGAAAAAGGAGGAGAGUACCUCAAGGAACACUGUGCUUCAAAUGUCUAUGUUCCCAUUCGCCUUCCAAAGCAGGCCCCAAGAACAACAGAGGCAUCGGGACCUAGCAGAGCGCUGCCACCCAGCACAGGCAACCCUUGUGAGCAGGCAUAGCAUAGCGCCUUUGUCACAGCCCCUCGGAUGUGGAUAACAGUGCGGAGAAAAGAAGGGUUAUUGGUUUGUGGUAUGAGCUGUGUGUGGAGCGCGGGCCUCCGCCUAGCCUCGCUGGCUGCUCGGAGACCACUAAGUGUCUCGUCCGGCUGCUUGAACGAGGAGGAAAAGCCGCGCUGGAGCAACAGCUGGCACAGUCACAGCGCUUGCAACGCUUAGUGCCUCUCCUGCAUAGUGCAGGAGUAUUCACCAACAAGGAGGACGACCACAGAAGUGCAUUCCAGGGAAAAACAAUCUUAUAAACUUUCAUAAUAAGACUCAGGAUUUUUUGA